UUAACGCAUUUUAAAUUUUUUUUAUUAUUUGGCGCGCUUAAUAUACUGCACCUUAUUCCUAUUGUCGAUUAUACAGAACAAGAUGGCGAGCAAAGAUCUAUUUAUGGUCUUCACUUUAUUCCUCGUUAUUUUUACGGUUUCAUGUGUGAGUGAAUUGACGACUAAGUCAUCGUUGAAGACGACAGACAUCAAACUCCCAACGUCCAUAAGGCCCAUCAGUUACGUUCUGCGACUACAACCGCUAAUUAACGGCAACUUUACGAUUUUUGGAUACGUUGAAAUUUUGAUGGAGGCCGUGGAAGAGACGAGCAACAUCACACUGCACAUCAAAGACAUCGUCACCAAGAACGAGACGGUCGAGCUGUACUUGGGUGACAAACCGAACGGUCAACCCAUCCCAAUCGUGGAGCACAGCUACGACGCAGACCGCGACUUCUACACCGCGACUCUGGCAGAGCCUCUGACAGCUGGCCGGCAGUACCUCCUCCUCAUGGAGUACGAAGGAUACCUCAACGAUCAGCUUGUCGGCUUUUAUCGCUCACAAUACAAGAGGGAUGAUGGGAGUGAAGUCCUUCUUGCGGCGACGCAAUUUGCUGCUAUUGAUGCAAGACGCGCAUUCCCUUGCUUUGAUGAACCCGAACUGAAAGCUACAUUUGAAAUCCACGUCGCAAGACAGACCAACAUGACCUCCAUCUCCAACAUGCCUCUAGUGGAAACCACCCCCAUAGCGGGGAGCGACGAUUGGGUCUGGGACCAGUUUGCCAGAAGCCUGCCUAUGUCAACCUAUCUGGUGGCAAUAGUCAUUUCGGAUUUUACUUUCGUAAAUUCUACGUUUAACGACCACGUUCUCUUCAGAGUUUGGACUAGAGAAGAGGCUAUCGACCAAACUUGGUAUGCAAUCGGAGCUGGUCCGGCAAUUCUGACCUGGUACGAGGAGUACUUCAGCAUCCCCUUCCCUCUGCCAAAGCAAGACAUGGUGGCUCUGCCUGAUUUCUAUUUUGGAGCGAUGGAGAACUGGGGAAUCGUCACUUACAGGGAAACAGCUCUACUAGCAGAUCCAGAGUUAAACUCAGCCGCUGACCGAGAGCGCGUAGCCACGGUGGUGGCGCACGAGCUGGCGCACCAGUGGUUCGGAGACCUGGUCACCAUGGAGUGGUGGUCAGACGUAUGGCUCAACGAAGGAUUCGCCUCCUAUGUCGAAUAUUUGGGCACAGAUUCGUAUGAGCCUGACUGGAAGUACUUGGAUAUGAUGGUGACAUACGAUGUUCAGUACGCUCUUGUUUUGGACUCGCUUGAAUCCUCUCACCCAGUCAGUGUUCCAGUCGAAACAACCGAGGACAUCUAUCAAGUUUACGACGCUAUUGCUUACUCUAAAGGAGCAUCGAUCAUCCGCAUGAUGAACAGCUUCCUCACGGAACCCACAUUCCGGAGUGGAUUGACUAGCUACCUGAACGCUAACCAGUACGGGAACGCUGCACAGGACGAUUUAUGGGAAGCUUUGACCCAACAGGCUCACGCUGACGGCACUCUGGCUACCAAUUUAACAGUCAAGAUCAUCAUGGAUACCUGGACCUUGCAAAUGGGAUACCCUGUCAUCAACGUAUCCAGAACUGAGGAUGGAGCUGUCGUUCUAUCUCAAGAACGCUUUCUUCGAGUCAAGAGUCCUAACUCGACGGACACGCACGACUACAAGUGGUGGGUGCCAGUUUCCUACACCACUCAGAGCUCACCGGACUUCUCGCAAACUCAGCCGACUUACUGGAUCCCAAGCACUGAAGAAAGCAUCACCAUAAACGGUUUGCCUAAUGACCAAUGGAUCUUUUUCAAUCUCCAAGAAACCGGUUUCUACAGAGUCAAUUACGACCAAAAUAACUGGGAAUUACUGAUCAGUCAACUUGGCAGCGAUGCCAACGUAAUCAACCUCGUGAGCCGCGCUCAGCUCGUUGACGAUGCGCUGAAUUUGGCUCGAUCAAGACAACUCGUGUACGAUGUUGCGCUUAGACUCUGCUCUUAUCUGAGGCUCGAGGAUGAAUUUGUGCCCUGGGACUCGGCUUUGGUGAACUUGGAGUAUUUAGAAGAGAUGUUUACUCGCAGAUCAGGUUAUGGCCAGUUGAAGCGCUACCUGCUGGACUUGCUCGUGCCACUCUACAAUAGCGUCGGAUUUGUUGACGACGUCAAUGAUCCACAACUGGAGCAAAAGAAACGCGUUCUCGCCGUCGACUGGGCUUGUCAUCUGGAGUACGAAGACUGUGUCACGAGAUCUGUAGAGCUCUACAACCAGUGGAUGUCUUCUCCCACUGACCAGACUUUGAUCUCGGCGAACCUGCGCUCGACCGUGUACUGCACCGCGAUCGCUCAAGGCGGAGAGGCCGAGUGGAACUUCGCUUGGGCUCAAUACCUCGCCACCAACGUCGCCAGCGAACAGAACAGAUUGCUAUAUGCCCUGUCGUGUACACGCGAAGUUUGGAUUCUAUGGAGAUACUUGGAAAUGGCAUUUACGGAGAACAGUGGUAUUAGAAGGCAAGAUGCAGUACAAGCUUUCAAUAACGUUGCUUCCAGCGACAUCGGCAGGGACAUCGCUUGGGAGUAUCUGCAGAACAACAUCGCACUCAUUACAGACUACUUGCAGGGAUCCUCUUCUAUUGGGGAUAUGGUGGCUUCUGUUUCCAACGAGUUCAAUACAGAACUAGAACUUCGACAGCUAAUUCAAUUCAAGAACGAUAACAUCGACGCUCUAGCUACGGCGACCUACGCCAUUGAUCAGAGCAUCGAGAACACGUCCAACAACAUCGCCUGGAUGGACAACUACUACGACUACAUCGUCAACUGGCUCACUCUCAACGGGUAUCCUCCAUUUGUAUCACUAAUCUCGUAACUGUUGUAAUCUUCUAUGCUUGAUUUUUCUUUUUCUGUAAAAUUUUAUUAGUAGGAUAUUUAUACAUUGGAAUUUUUAUGCAUAUUUCAUAACAUUGUCAUAAAUUUAUACUCUAUAAAUCUAUACUCAGUGUAUGGAGCGAAGGCGAUAAGCGAUCUUGAAACUGAAGAAGCAA